ACAAGACGCAAGGAUGCCUCGAGAUGGAGGCCGUGGGUGAUUAAACACGAAAGUUGGCAAUCAAAUGCCAUUUCGGAGACAUCUAAAUUGUAUUGUCUUCAAACAGAGAAUACAAUCGUCUCCAUAAAGAAGAGUCGUGUAUAAAUUCUAGUUAUAGACUCAGCACUGGAUUUUUGGGUAUAGCUGACCAGUCACCAUGGCGACAGACAUUGGCUCACCGCCACGGUUCUUCCACAUGCCAAGAUUCCAGCACCAGGCACCCCGACAGCUCUUCUACAAAAGGCCUGAUUUUGCUCAGCAGCAGGCUAUGCAACAGCUCACCUUUGAUGGCAAGCGUAUGAGGAAAGCAGUCAACCGCAAAACCAUUGACUACAACCCCUCCGUCAUUAGAUACCUUGAGAACCGACUAUGGCAACGAGACCAUCGAGAUUUUCGCGCCAUUCAACCAGACGCUGGCUUCUAUAAUGAUCUUGUUCCUCCAGUGGGAAUGCUUAACAACCCCAUGAAUGCUGUUACCACAAAAUUUGUCAGAACAUCCACCAACAAAGUCAAAUGCCCAGUGUUUGUAGUGCGGUGGACACCUGAAGGCAGGCGACUUGUCACAGGUGCCUCCAGUGGGGAGUUUACUCUCUGGAACGGCCUGACCUUCAACUUCGAGACAAUCUUGCAGGCCCAUGACAGUCCUGUCAGGGCUAUGACUUGGUCUCACAAUGACAUGUGGAUGCUGACGGCAGAUCACGGAGGCUAUGUGAAGUACUGGCAGUCCAACAUGAACAACGUCAAGAUGUUCCAGGCUCACAAGGAGGCGAUUAGAGAGGCCAGUUUCUCUCCUACGGAUAAUAAAUUUGCCACAUGCUCUGAUGAUGGAACAGUACGAGUCUGGGACUUUCUGCGCUGUCAUGAAGAGAGAAUUCUGAGAGGUCACGGUGCAGAUGUGAAAUGUGUUGACUGGCAUCCCACCAAAGGUCUGGUGGUGUCCGGUAGCAAAGACAGUCAGCAGCCAAUUAAAUUCUGGGAUCCAAAAACUGGUCAGAGUUUGGCAACACUACAUGCUCAUAAAAACACAGUAAUGGAAGUGAAGUGGAAUCUCAAUGGCAACUGGCUGCUGACCGCAUCCCGUGACCACUUAUGCAAAUUGUUCGAUAUCCGCAACCUCAAGGAAGAACUGCAAGUCUUCAGAGGCCAUAAAAAGGAAGCUACAGCUGUGGCCUGGCACCCUGUCCAUGAGGGCCUGUUUGCCAGUGGAGGCUCUGACGGGUCCCUGCUGUUCUGGCACGCUGGCGUGGAGAAGGAGGUGGGUGGCAUGGAAAUGGCUCAUGAAGGGAUGAUCUGGAGUCUUGCUUGGCAUCCACUUGGCCACAUCCUCUGCUCAGGAUCCAAUGACCACACCAGUAAAUUCUGGACCAGGAAUCGUCCGGGAGACAAAAUGCGAGACAGAUACAAUCUCAAUUUGUUACCAGGGAUGUCAGAGGAUGGGGUGGAGUAUGAUGACAUGGAGCCUAACAGCCUCGCUGCCAUUCCUGGCAUGGGGAUUCCAGAACAACUGAAAGCUGCAAUGGAGCAGGAACAAACUGGUAAAGAGACGGCACCAGAGGCAGAAAUGAGCAUUCCAGGGCUGGACUGGGGAAUGGAAGAAGUCAUGCAGAAGGACCAGAAGAAAGUUCCACAAAAGAAGGUUCCCUAUGCAAAACCCAUCCCAGCACAGUUCCAGCAGGCCUGGGCGGAGAACAAGGUGCCUGCUCUAGCUCCUGGAGAGAUGCCAAAGGAAAGGAAGGAUGAGAAGGCAGAUGGUAAGAAGAAGACCCAGGCUGAAAUAGAACAGGAAAUGGCUGCUUUGCAGUACACCAACCCAAUGCUGCUAGAGCAACUGAAGAUUGAACGAAUGGCUCAGUUACAGGAGCAGGGCAUGCCUCCUCCAGGUGGUCAACCAGGAGCUAUGUCCACUUUUCCUGGCCAGGGUGGGCCAAUGCCUCCACCUCCACAAGGUUUUCCUCAGUCUAUGCCGCCCCAGCAGAUGCCCCACAACAUGCCUCCCAUGGGUCCGGGCGGUAUGCCAGGCUCCUUCAUGCCUCCGGGGCAGAUGGGUCCUAUGGGCCCACAAAUGCACCAGGGCCCUCCUCCACAAGGCAUGAUGGGACCUCCAGACAUGCAUGGGCCACAGGGAAUGCAGAGACACCCUGGCCCUUUGAGGAAUAUGGGCCCUCAUGGUAUGCCUCCUGGGCCCAGAGGAAUGCAGGGGCCUCCUCCGGGAGGAAUGCCACCAGGCCCCCAAGGGCCACAGGGUAAUAUGAUGGGCCCUCCCCCUAGAGGGCAGGGGCCACCUCAGGGAGGAAUGAUGCACCAGGACAUGCGAGGGCCAGCGCCCCACGGGAACAUGAUGGGCCCCCAGGGACCUAUGCCAGGUGGAAUGAUGGGGCCACCAAUGGGUGGGAACCCGCCAAGGACACAUGGUAAUAUGCCUGGCAUGGGAAAUAUGCACGGGAUGGGCAAUAUGCAAGGGCCCCCUCCAGGAGGUAUGCAUGGACCACCAGGUAACAUGCAGGGACCCCCUCCAGGGAACAUGCAGGGACCCCCUCCAGGAAACAUGCAGGGACCCCCUCCAGGAAACAUGCAGGGGCUUCCUCCGUACAUGCAACAGGGCAAACCAGGACAGAUGGGAGAUGGAAACAGAGGACAGUUCAAUCAGGGUGGUCAAAAUCCUCAAUCGAUGAUGCACGGGAUGCCAGGUCCAAAUGGGAAAGGAGAUGGACCACGGGGACCUCCGAAUCACCAUAUGGGCCCCCCGCCAGAUCGCCAGGGGCCUGGGGGACCUGAUGGAGGAGGCCAGUACUGGGGCGACUCUCGAGAUGGUCGUCGUGGACCCCCAGAUUAUGAGGGGUCAGAGGGCGGUUUUCAUAACCGUGGAGAAGAGGGUUGGAGGAGGGGUCCUGGAGGACCUGGGCAGGAGUAUCAGGGUGACCCCAGGGCCCACAGAGGAGGCGCUGGAGGACAGUGGGAGGGUCAGGAAAGGUACCCUCCUCGUGAUGGAGAAUACAGGGGCCAUGAGAGGUAUGAUGGGUACGAGGGUCCUGGAGAGGAAUAUGGCCAGAGACGCCCACCUCACUCGGAUGACUCUUAUAGGAGGGGAGGUCCUGGGCGUCCAGAUGGGCGUGGAGGAAGGGGAGGAUUCUCAGACGAGUAUGGGGGAGAUGAGAACUUUGAAUCCCAGGAGGAUAUGGGGCGAGGUUGGGACAACGGGGGAAGAGGGAGACCGCGUGGUGGAGCACCCAGAGGAGGCGGUGGCAGGAAGGGACUUCUCCCUACUCCUGAUGAAUACCCUCCUCAUUAUGAAGGAGGAAGAAAUCAAGAAGGCUGGGAAGGUGGUCAAGAUUCAGGUCAUGAGGAAUAUGAUGGGCAGCUAGCAGAUCACAGCAUGCUUGACAGUCCAUCUAUAGCUGGUAGGGAACGCUCGUCCUCUCUUCAGGGCAUGGACAUGGCCUCGCUGCCCCCACGCAAACGCCCUUGGCACGACGGCCCAGGCACCGGAGACCCUCGAGAGCGGGACUCGCCUGGAGCCGGGCCAGAUGACAGAGGAGCUGGUCGGCCACCCCCACGAGAUGAAGGUGGCUAUGGGCCACCACCUCGGGGUGGCAGAGGAGGUUGGGGUCGUGGUGGGCCUCCUAGCUCAGGUGGCCCAGGGGCAAAUCCGGGCCCAACCACCAGGCGAGGUGCUGCCCGUGGUGCCAUCCGAGGAGGCCGUGGCCGGUAGGGCAGGGGGUGCCCACCACACCAAGGCACCAUGGGGCACUGUGGACUACAUUGAGGACAGGGACCAAAAGCCAUCGCCUAAUUUCUGGCCGUACAGCAGGCCUGUUGAGCUGUGUAAGACAUAGGUGGCUAUUUCUGUAUACACCUGUGUUAAUCUCUUAGCCAACCGUUUUUGGCUCCCCCUCCCUCUCUCUGAUUGGUCGGUCACUCAGCGGACGUGGCUCGGCCUGACUGCGACUGGUUGCACUGAUGGUGACGGCUGUUUCUUACAAGGUGAAGCCUCUCGGUUUGACCCAACAGUUGUGAUCUCAGCAACUGUUGUGUGCAUCCUUCACAACAGAGAUUAACUGUUCAUACCUCAACCACCGGGAUUCAAUCCAGACUCGUACAACUUGAACCACCGAAUUUGGCCCAGCUGCCAAAGCUUGGGUCGGAGAGGCUCCUAGUGGUCAAGCAAGCCCAGUUUCUGUCAGUGACUUUGUUUGCUUAUGUCUCAAAGAGCAUAUUCAUGGUGCAUGGCAGCAUUCUGAACUGGUGUCAUUCAUCGGUACCACCUCUGAUUAUUUCACUUUAGCACUCUGAAGGCUCCAGCUGGCUUGAUUAUUUGAUCAGACAGACAGUUGCAACUUUAGUUGGACUUCCACAUCUAAAGCCCCCUCCAACCUGAGUCUUGAUUAAGUGGACAUUGAAAAGGCACGAAUUUUAAAAUGUGUCUUUCUCACAGGACCAGUAAAUGAGGGAGUGUGUUCCUCUGAUGGAGUGAGAUGCUGCUACUGCUCAGCAGACCAGUAGCACACUCCAGAGCAUUUGCUGAUCAUUACACAAAACUGGACUUUGAAUGUUUCGUUAUCCCCUUUAGCCCUCGACUCCAUUUAUUUAAUUUCAUUUUUAAGGUAAAAUAAUGGAGCUGAUCGUCCUGUAACAUUACCAGGCUACUGAGUGCCGAGGCUGCCGUCUUUGUUAAAUGUACAGUUUGUCACAAGAUUGUCAUAUUGUUUUGU